AUGGGCUGGGUAUUGCUCAAAACGAUUUCAGAAGAACCACUGGAAGGCCGGCCAUCGACAAACGUGCAACGAUUUCGAGACUUGGAGCUGCAAUGGUGGAAAGCUCGACCGUCUGACGAAUUACAGAUGUUCGUGAUGCAAUUCGGCUUACAACCCAAAUCUAUGAGCUUUUUCGGCGAAGUUUUCUUUCUUCUCUGUGGUCUCAAGGCAUGCGUAUUGCUAUCGAACCUGCCCGUGAUGUGGCGCCAGAGCUUUGCAAGUGAUGUGGUUUUGGCUAGUGGCCUGCUACACUUGGCACCGUCAGUCACUACUAGUCGCUGUUCAAUUGCAUUAUUUGAGCAUGUCGAGGUAGUGGAGGAGCAGGAGCUGGCACAUGCACUGGACUACCCGGUGGCAUUAAGCGAGUGCAAGGAAGCCGCAUCAAUGAUUGAGGUUGGGUAUUUCCUCAACAUGGGACAACACUGUACUACUGACGUCCUAUUGCGCAAUGGCAACACCUCAACACAUACAACGCGUGCAACAGCAUUUCCAGCGAUAUCGAAGCUCUUGUACAGACUUCAACCUCACACUACAGACAUCACCACUCUAGUACAGUAUUAG